UGCUUAUUAGUGGGAGAGUGGAGGGAAGAGUGCAUCCAAGAGACAGAAGAAUGGCCUCAAAAUCAUCCACCAUUAGACUUCUUUGUUUCUGCUACUUCAUGCUCUUCAGCUUUAUGCAUUUCAGCAGCUGCACUGUGUUCUCAUUGAAAAGUCAUGCAAGCACAUGCAAUGGUUCCAUAGCUGAAUGCAAUCAAGAAGAUGAGCUGUUGAUGGAGUCCGAAAUAAGCCGAAGGUUUUUGGAGCAGAAGAGAUCAUACAUUUCCAAUGGAGCUUUACAGAGAGAUAAACCAGUUUGUAAUGGUGGUGGCUCUGGUGAAGCUUAUAGUAAAACUGGAGGGUGUCUUCCUCCACCCUCAAAUCCUCAAAAUAGAGGCUGCUCUAAGUAUUAUCGUUGUAGGUCUGACUCUUGAUUGCAUCUUCAUGCAAACAUCUUUAAGGGUGUUCAUGAAUCAUGCCUUUUCACAUAAUCUUUAAGUUGUCCAUUAAAUUUGAUGGUAAUUUACUUUUGAAUUUGAAGUUGUAUGAAAAUUUCCAAAAGGUUCUCUAAUAACUAAUACUGUGAAUGAAGAAUUCUUAUUCUGUGGUCGUAGGUAAUCAAUUCUGAAUAAGUGAAUUUUAAGUGCAAUAGCCAAAGAUCAACUGCUAUGAUUGUAUCAAUAAUCUUUUUUCUUUUUAUCUCCCAA